UUAACUCUUAAAGCACGCAGAAACACAGAUCGGAUAUUAGGCAAACAAUUUGAAAUUAUAGCGAUCAUUUUAAAAUGUAUCGAUGCGUUUUUGGGACGACUAUGGGUUAAAUGUCUUUAACGUAAAACUUGAAUAACGACAUACCGCGAUGGACGUUUCGCAGGUUCUCAUCGUGCUGGUUUUCUUCAGUGCGUGCCAAUGUAGUCCUAUAGGCGAUGAUUUGGAAAACCGGGUAGUAAACGCUUUGAGUAGCGUUUUAGGUUUUAUUUCCGAAAAUGUAGACGAAAUGAAUCUCGACGGACUGUUUGGAGUUGUUCUCGCGAAAGCGCACCUGUUGAAGCUAUGCGCUGCCGAAAAGAAGCACCUUUUAUUGUCUAAUCAAACAUCCGAAAUUUUAAGUCAAAUUCGCUGGGAGCAUAAAAAUCUAUCUCGCAGUUACACGACGUUUAAGAAGUUUCUGUUUGAUGUCAAAGUGUGGAAGAAGGACGUGGAGUUUACUCGAGGGAUUGUAGGCGCUGUAACGCCUCCGUUUCAAAUACAUACAUGCGAUCAGUAUUUAGGUAUCAUAUCCAACGCGUGGUUUCCCGAGAAGUUUUCGGACAAAUGCCUUACGGAAAUAAUUAACGGUUCACGAAAGAAACGUAGUCGUUGUUUCCUCGAUCGGUCUUGUUUGGAAUAUGUCACGGCGUCCAAAUGCAUGCUGGGAUAUGGGAUAACGCACAAGAUAUUACUACUCCAAGUUGCCAAAGCGUUGGGAUGCAAAUGGAACACAAACCCUCCAAUUAUCAAUUACUGUUCUCAUAUCUUGUGGGAAGUGAGACAAAAUGCGAACUGUGGAUUUAUCGGACAGCUUGAUGAUCUUUUUCUGGAGCAAGUUCUGCUUUGCGGAUCGGAGGGUUUCCUCGAGUUCUUUGAAGUUCGUUGGGUUGAACACGUUCUAAGUCUACAGUCACGGUUUGGAUGUUUUGGAAUACUAGAAAAUGAAGGCGUCGUGGUUAGAAAAAAACGUGAAGCAAACGCCAUUAAGUUUGGAUGUACGGACCACACGACAGGGUUGGCAGCAGCUGCGCUCAGUUUAUUUCUGCGUAUUUUGAGAUGCUCUGUAUAG